CCUGGUGCAGCGAACACCAGUACUCCAAGAUGGCAUCAGUCAUACCAUUGAAGGACAGAAAACUUCUGGAGGUCAAACUAGGAGAGCUGCCAAGCUGGAUCUUGAUGCGGGACUUCAGCCCUAGUGGCAUUGUUGGAGUGUUUCGAAGAGAAGGGGAGCAUCGCGGGGCUAACCGUGUGCUGGCAUGCUACGUGGUCUUCAACUACACCAUUUCCUACAAGGAGCUCAAGCAAGAGCGGCGACGCAAGUACCACUGAAGAAGACAAGCUCUGCACUCCCCUCCGCGACCUUCUUGGCUUGAGCCCCUCCAUAAGGAACACAGUCUUGAUUAUUGCUGAAUCCUUUCAUAUCCUAAUGCAAUUAACCUCCAAAUAAAAGAUGACUGGUAAAA